CAAAAUGGCAGACAAAGGGAACUGGGCUUUGGCAAUAACAGUCUGCACAGCGGGUUUUCUGUUGGUCCGGGCCGACAUUAUCACAGAGGCUCCGGUGGGUCAGCUGUUUGUCUAUGAGCUUCACCGAGAGGUUUUCCAGAGUGAAUUUGAGCCUUUUCAUAAAGUCUUUGGUCAAGUUUUUAAUGAUCCCAUGGUGUUUAAAUGCAACAAGGAGCGAUUUCCAGAUCUGCCCCGCUGGCUGCGCUUUACCCAGAGAGACGUCUAUGACAACGGAUUCCUGUACGGGACGCCACUGCCACGGGACCAGGGCAGGAACAUCAUAGAGAUUUUCGUGAUCAACAAGCGGAAUUACGACACUUUUAAAGAGAGGCUGGUGAUAAAUGUGGGUCCUGCAGUAAAGCAGACGCCAUACCAGGCUGAGUUCUUCAUAGAGCUGAGAGAGAUUGAGAAAGUGCUGCCCGCUGCUGUUCAAACUGAGAUCAAACUGGACAUUCAGAACCUGUGGAGAACCAGCAGGCUGGAUUUUGUCAACAUCACCUCUGCUCUGGACAGGGGCGGCCGCGUCCCCCUGCCGCUUCCAGGAUAUUUUGAAGGUCUGCAGCUCUAUCAUCACCACACCAUUCAGGGUAAUGCCAACGAGCUGCGCAGGAUGGCCGGCGGAGACAGGCGCACCGUGGAUCGUCCUCGGCAGUGCUUACAGCCGCUCCUCAUGGCAGAGCAGGCAAUGGCAGAGAGCUGA